GAUAACUAUCGGUGUGUUUUAUGCAUUGGAAUGCGUGAACAAGCUCGUUGCCCUGUAUUUAUUUAUUAUUCUGGAAAAUCAGUCGGUGCUGGAGAACUCGUUUCACUUGAGUCUUAUUUCUGGAUAUUCAUUUCAUCAUUUGACUAUUGUAUUUUUUUUAUCGUAGACUGGAAAACAAGAGAGCUUCGCGAAAUUGGAAAAGUACCUUCUGCUAAAUAUUAUCAGGAAUAUCUAGAUGGUCGAUGGAGAUACGUAGAAAUUGCUUUAAUUGCUGAUAGUUCUCUGUACGUAAAAUAUCAUAAAAAUGUAACUUAUGUUCUUCAUCGACUCGAAAGUAUUGCUAACUAUAUAAAUUCCCUUUAUCAACCUUUAAAUAUUCGUAUUAUUCUGUCUUGGGCUGAUGUGUGGGCGAACUGGAAUGCGAUUGAUGUUGUAACGAAUUCCGAUGAAACUUUAUCAAAUUUUUUAAAAUUUCGGAAAAAUCUUUUGAAAAUUCAUCACAAUGAUAAUGCCCAUUUGUUAACGAAUGUUCAUUUUGAAAAAAAUGUUGUUGGUAAGGCUUAUAAAGGUACGAUGUGUUCGUUUGAAUAUUCUGGUGGUGUAGAAAUGGAUCAUCAUAGUCAUGCGCCUUUUGUCGCUGCCACAAUUGCUCAUGAAAUGGGUCAUAAUUUUGGCAUGGAACACGACGAUUUCGACAUUUGUAGGUGCCCAGCUCAAAGUUGUAUUAUGGCAGCAUCUACAGGCAAUGCAGCUCCAUCGUUUUGGUCAGAAUGUAGUGUUCGCGCUUUACAUAAUAGUCUAUCUAAAGGUGUCGAUUAUUGCUUGAAAAAUCAACCAGAUAAAGCUUUUGGUGGCGCACGUUGUGGAAAUUCCAUUGUUGAACCGGGAGAGGAAUGUGAUUGUGGUACCGAAAGCUCGUGCACUCAUCGCUGUUGCGAUUUUAAAACAUGUAAAUUGGCAGCAGAUGCUCAUUGUGCAAGCGGGGAGUGUUGUGAUUUGGAAACAUGUCAGAUAAAACCAGUGGCAACUGUUUGUCGUAAAGCAACGAAUUCUUGUGAUUUACCAGAAUAUUGUGAUGGUCAAAUGGAAUAUUGUCCAGCAGAUUUUUAUGUUCAGGAUGGGCAUGUCUGUCCAGACCAUGCAGAUGGUUUUUGUUAUAACGGUAACUGUGGAAAUCGUGAGCAACAGUGUCAGUAUAUUUGGGGUCCAACUGGUGAUAAUGCUGAUCCUAUUUGUUAUGAACUAAACACUAGAGGUGACUCUGUCGGCAACUGUGGAUAUGAUGUUCACACAAAUACUUUUCGUGCUUGUCAAAAAAGUGAAAUUCAGUGCGGGAGAUUGCACUGCACACAUGAAAGUGAAAAGCUUGCCUUUGGCGAUCCAUCGACGGUGCAUACUGCUUACAUGGCAUUGCGUCUCCAUAAUGGUAAAAGCAUUGCUUGUCGUGUUGCUUGGACUAAAUAUUUCGAUAAUAAAGGUGGUCCGGAUCCUGGAAUGGUACCGAAUGGAGCUGUUUGUGGCAAAGAUAGGAUGUGUUUGGAUUCGAAAUGUGAAAACAGAACCGAAAAAGUCAGAAUGGCACCAAAAUGUGAUCCCGAAUCGUGCAACGAUGCUGGGAUUUGUAACAAUAUGGGGAAUUGCCACUGCUUGCCAGGCUAUGGUGGUACAGACUGUGCAAUACCUGGUCCAGGUGGUUCGGUUAACAGUGGGCCUGCAACUGAGGGCAACAUAAUUCAUGUUGGAGCUUUUGUAUUUUGGUUAUUAAUUGGUUCGCUCAUAUUAUUUGUUAUCGCGUCAAUUUACAUCAAACGUCGCAGAGAUAUUUGGUUACAUAAACAAAUAUGGGACAUUUUGAAAAAAAAACUGAAUCUGCAACGGCUUCUUGUACCUAUACGUAAAGCACCUCCUCCUCCAUGUCCGCCGCCUAUAAGAACAGCAGAGUUAAAUGCUAUAUGGAGAGAUUCUGGCACACAGCGAUCAUCGAAUUUUCAUAAGUCUGUGGCAUCUGCUGCUUCUAUAAUUUAUAAGGGACCAUCGAGCUGUUCAAUUUCAAGGAACAAUAGCUUUCGUCCAAAAUUUGCACCACCAAUGAUCCCAUGUCGACCAGAAUCUAAUAUUUUAUCUGAACUUUAUGAAGAAAAAGGUGAAGAAAUGGGAUUGCACGAUAAAAAGAUUUCGCAUAUUGAAAGCAUAAAUCGACCUCCAAAUCCACCUCCACCACCACCCCAUGGGGAAUUUUCCAAUAGUUCUUCCCCCGAAGAAAAAAAGCCAUCUUGCCCACCAAAACCACAGUCAUUGAAUAAAUCUCAAGUGCGAGAUCUUGCAGCUCGGUUCGAUGCAAAAUCUGCUCAAAAUAAAAUCGAUUUUACAUCGAUUGAUAAAAUAUUAUAA